AUGCGCCGCUCCAGCACGGACGAGUCCACGUACCGGCGCAGCCCGUCGCCGGAGGGCAAGGAGCCGGGCCCCGCGCGCGGCGGCCCCUUCCGGCGCUACAGCAGCCUGUACGGGCGCGGGGACGGCGGGCGCGCGGGCGGCCCCUUCUUCGGGCUGCACGCCAGCCCGGGUCCCAAGGCGGCCCAGGCGCGCUGCCCGCCGCCCAAGGGCACCAAGUACGUGGUCUUCUACCUGGACCUGUCCUUCAUCUUCCUCCUAGAGCUGAAGCGCUGCGGCAUGGCGCGCGGCUGCCUGCAGGGCGUCAAGUACCUCAUGUUCGCCUUCAACCUGCUCUUCUGGCUGGGAGGCUGCGGCAUCCUGGGCGUGGGCAUCUGGCUGGCCGCCACGCAGGGGAACUUCGCCACCUUGUCGUCCUCCUUCCCGUCCCUGUCGGCCGCCAACCUGCUCAUCGUCACGGGCACCUUCGUCAUGGCCAUCGGCUUCGUGGGGUGCAUCGGGGCCAUCAAGGAGAACACGUGCCUCCUGCUCACCUUCUUUGUGCUGCUGCUGCUGGUGUUCCUGCUGGAGGCCACCAUCGCCAUCCUCUUCUUUGCCUACACGGACAAGAUCGACAGGUAUGCACAGCAAGAUCUGAAGAAGGGUCUGCACCUGUACGGCACCCCUGGCAACGUGGGCCUCACCAACGCCUGGAGCAUCAUCCAGACCGAUUUCCGCUGCUGUGGCGUCUCCAACUACACGGACUGGUUCGAAGUCUACAACGCCACACGUGUGCCCGACUCCUGCUGCCUGGAGUUUAGCGAGAGCUGCGGGCUGCACGCACCUGGCACCUGGUGGAAGGCGCCGUGUUACGAGACGGUGAAGGUGUGGCUCCAGGAGAACCUGCUGGCCGUGGGCAUCUUCGGGCUGUGCACGGCGCUGGUGCAGAUCCUGGGCCUGACCUUCGCCAUGACCAUGUACUGCCAGGUGGUGAAGGCCGACACCUACUGUUCCUAGCCCGCCCGCUCCUGCCGCUGUGCUUCCUGCCAGCAGAGGCCGCCCUUGGGGAGCCUGGUCCCACUGCAGCCUCUGCGCCUGGCCUGGGGGGCGGGGGGCAGAGCCCAGGACCCGGCCAGGCUGCUGAGCUCCCUGGUAGAGGGCCGCUGAGCGCUGGCCACGCGGGGGCGGGGGGGCUUCUGACGCCCUUUAAUUCUCACCCUUGUGUCCUCCAGAGCAGCGCUUUCCCGAGACCCCGUGCAGGGCAGGGGUUGGCCACACGGGCUGGGUGGGGUGAGGGACCCCCCUCUGGCCCUGGUGCUUGGGCGGGGCUGGAGCCGUCGUCCACAUUCCACAGGGGCCAGGGCUCGCUCUGGUGCAUCUAAUAAAGUG